AUGCCGACAGAAGCCCCCCUUUGGAUACGAAUGCGCACGGCAUUCAUGCGUUUGCUCGAGCAGAAGAGCGACUGCGCGAUAGACGAGCAGUCCCAUCGAAGAAAGUGGAAAGACAGGGGAGGAGAGAGUGCUGGGGCGUGGGCGCGAGCGAGAACGGAAACGGGAGGACGAGGACGUAAGGACGACGAUGGACGGCGAGGCAUCAUGGCCAAGCAGGAGACCUUUGCAUUGCAUCGAAAGAGUCCCUAG